ACCAGACUCACCUCCUUCCCCUUCCCCUUCCCCCUCCCCCUCUCUCAUCAAAACAAACGAACAUUCGCUCCACCGCUCUACUCCUCCACCUCUCCCUCCUCCUCUUGUUGCUGCUCCGCCCAUUUCUUCCUCCGAUUUUAUCUCGUCCAUUCACUCUAAUCUGAUCGCACCGUAUCCCAAUGUCGAGUCCCAUCAACCGCAUCGAGUCGCCAUCUCAAGAUGAGCACGCAAAGAGAAAAAGGGACGAACUAGAGGCGCUUGAGAAGCAGGGCGAAGGAGUGUUGUCUACCGGAGCCAAACCUGAGACCGAAGCCAACUCCGAGGAGGUGCCACCAAAGAAAAUUAAGCCUGAGGUUGAAGCUGAUGAGGCUGUAUCCAGGGCAGAGGUCAAGCAGAUCCAACGGAAUCUCAAGACAAUGCCUCUGGAGGACGUCAAGACGGCUGAAAGUUCAGAGCACCAGAGCAAGGACAUGGAUGAUGUGGAGAGCGAUCAGGGAAGCAACGACGACGUAACACAGGAUGAGAGCUCGCAGCAACCGGCUGCUAAAACAGACACACCCAUCGACACCGAAUCAACCCCUUCAUCCGUUGGUGAUCAGGAGGCAGAAUCAGCAAACACCUCAGUCUCCAGCCCUUUUGCCAGCGUCAAGCCUACGGAGAGUGUAUUCGGCAGCUCGAGUGCAACGUUGAAGGGCCUGAAUGCAACUUCAACAGCAAGUCCUUUUGCUGCUGUGGCAAACACCAAUAUCUUCGACAGCAAACCUGCUCCUUUCUCUGGCGGAUUUGGAAACGCGUCCUCAGUCAGUCCCUUUGCGACUGCAGCGUCCUCGACGAAUGUCUUUGGAGGCGAAUCUGCAAAGAGCAUUUUUGGCCAGUCGAGCACAACAAGCACCUCUGGAUUUGGCGCAAGUUCAGGAGCUGCCACCGACUCAACUGCCGGAAGUAUCUUUGGGACCAAAUCAGUCCUUGGAUCCACUGCCGGCGCCAAUCCAUCGACUUCAGCGUUCUCCUCAGCAUCGCAGCCCACAUUUUCGGGUUCCUUCAGCACGUUUGGGGGAAAACACGGCUUUGGCAAGGAAGCAAGCUUCACAUCAGGAUCGUUUAUCGACCAGGAAAGCUCCCAGGAACGGGCUGAUUUUGGAUCGCUUCUGUCGCAGGAUGUGGGAGACAAUGAUAGAGACCCAGAGCAAGGAGAGGAUGAUGAGCAUAGCUUUGGUGCCGGGGCUUUCACUAAUGCUGAUCAGAUCGACGUGCAUACGGGCGAAGAGGAUGAGAUGAAUAUCUACCAAACCAAAGGGAAACUUUACGCUGAUACGGAAAAGAACCAUGCCUGGAAGGAGAGAGGAAAGGGAACCUUCAAGGUCAAUGUUAGCCGAAAGGACACGAAGCUGGCGCGUCUAGUGAUGAGAACUGACGGCGUCUUGCGCCUUAUUCUCAAUGUCGCCAUCUUUCCGGAUAUGAAUGUGGUUAUCACUGGUGAGAAAUACGUGCGCUUCAUCGGCAUUGAAGAAGGAAAACCCAUUUCAUUCUUGCUCAAGAUAUUGCCUUCCCUCUUUUUUCGCAACUGUAGGUCAAGGACGCAACUGUAGCAAUGGAGAUUGUCGAGAGUAUCAAGCGCACUACGGAACGGCAAACAAGCCGAAGAGGCACCUCUGUUGUCCUGAAGGAAUGAAGUGACAGAUAAACGAGUUCGGAUGCAAGUUCAGUAAUAAAACACGAAGGCCUUUGUUCAAUACACGGAUCGAGAUAAAAUAAGGUUUGGGCGUCUCGGAGAGGAGGCCGCCUGUGAU